UGAAAAGUGAGCGUCUGGACGAAAGAUUUUCGACGGCGAGACUGCGAGCAAGAAGAAGCAAAGCAACAAAGAGAGAGGUGUGGAUCGACACACAAACGGAAGCAGCAGCGCAGCAGCAGGCAGGCGCACUGGAGGACAGACUUGACGUGCACGCACGCACAAAGGCAUGACGAUGGACACUGGUGGCGACACCAUGGCCGUGAAUGAACAGCAGCAGCAGCAGCAGCAGCAAGAGCGGCCAGAUGCCCAGACACAAAAGAGGGUUGUGAGCGACUUGUUCGAAAAGGCGCCAGCAGUCAAACUCGACCAGACAUGGUACUUGGUUGAUCACAAGUGGUUUGAGACCUGGAAACGGUUUGCGGAGGGCAGUCAAAAGGAACCCCCUGGCCCUAUCGACAACAGCGCAUUAUUUGAUGAGCAUGGUGUGAAGCCGUUUUUGGCAGAGGGGUACAACGUGCACAUCCUUGAUGAGGAAACGUGGCGACAGCUGGUGGCUUGGUAUGGGCUAGUGCACCCAAAGCAAGAAGUGAAGCGGAAAACAGUCAUGCGCGAGGACAAAUGUGUGGUUGAUCUUGCGUAUCUUCGGGUGACGGCUGUGCUGAACGGCGCAGAGAAGGGCGUGGUUGUCGACGUGAGCCGCACCGCAGACUUCGACCAGCUGCACGAGCUCGCAAAGCAGAGGCUCGGCAUCCCCGCAGACACAACAACCCGCCUGCGAAACUUCCACCUGCGCAUGCGGGGCGAGGUGCUCUCUGGCAAGGCCAAGGUGGGCAGCGCAAGCCUGUACCAAAAGCAGAUGGUGUGCGUGGAAACGCAAGCUGACGACGGCACGUGGCCGUCGGACGCCAUUGAGGCCGACAGCGAUGCGGAGAGCGCGACCUCGGCCACCCCGGUCAAUGGCAGCGGCGCUGAGGACGACAUGGACGACGACGACGCGCUGGGCCCGCUCACGUCGCCAUCAGCCGGCGCAGCCUCGGUCGGCAGCAAGCGCGGUGCACUUGCAUCCACAGCGCCAUCAUCGUCGUCGUUUGCAUCAUCAUCGACGCGCGGGAUUGGUGCGGGCGCGGGGCUUGCGUCGCUGCCGUCGGCGUCGUCCUCGACAGGCUACGGGGCGACGAGCCACGCGCUCGGGUCGCCAGUUGCCGGGCAGCCGCGCCAGGGCCGCACGGGGCUGACCAACCUUGGCAACACGUGCUUCAUGAACUCGGCGCUGCAGUGCCUGAGCCACACGCUGCCGCUGACACGCUACUUCCUGGAAGGGCCGUACAAGGAGGACCUCAACCCAGACAACCCGAUUGGGUGCGGGGGCCGGCUGGCGAUGGCAUACAGGGAGCUGAUUGCACAGCUGUGGCAGGGCAGCGCGCGAGUCAUCACCCCGCGCGAAUUCAAGUUUGCCAUUGGCCGAUUCGCCCCGCAGUUUGUUGGAUACCAGCAGCACGAUUCGCAGGAGCUGACGUCCUUCCUGCUGGACGGGCUGCAUGAGGACCUGAACCGCAUCCGGGACAAGCCGUACGUGGAGAUGAAGGAGGCCGAGGGUGAGGACGCCGAGGCCGCCGCGCUCGCGUGGCACCGGCACAAACUCCGCAACGACUCGAUCAUCGUCGACCUUUUCCACGGCCAGCUCAAGAGCACUCUUGUCUGUCCAGACUGCAACAAGGUCUCCAUCACGUUUGACCCGUUCAUGUAUCUGCAAGUACCACUGCCUGAGAACGAGACAAAGGUGUUUCCAGUCACCGUUUCCUUCAAGGACCCCAACCGCCCACCGAAGCGGUAUGGGGUGAAGUUGCCCAAGACAACGGGCACCAUCUCAAUGAUGUGUCAGGAGCUGGAGAAAAUGACAGGCGUGUCAGCAAGCAAGUUUGUUGUCACAGACGUGUAUGCAGGCAAAGUGUGGAAGGUGCUGGACUUUCACGAGAAGACAAGCUCCAUUCGCACCUCAGACAGUUUGAUUGCGCAUGAGCUUGAGGAGACGCCAGCGGACGAUGUUGUUGCGCUGCCCGUGUACUUCUUCCGCAAGACGGCGUACAACCACAUGGAGAAGCUGCGCCCACCGGCCGCCAUCUCCAUUGCCCGCAACACAACAGGCACCAAGCUUGCUGCGACUGCACGUGCUCUCGUCAGGCCGUAUGUGCGGACGAGUGCGCCGAUGGCUGUGGAGGACGACACCGGGAACAGCAGCGACGCAAAUCGCGACAAUGAUGCUGACGGCGACGACGAUGAUGAUGAGCUGGAUCAGGCGCUGGAGAUGGAGUUUCAGAAGAACAACAAUAAGCGGAAGAAGAAGGCGACGACGCGAAAGCGGCGCACGACGCGCAGCACGGGCCGCUCAAGCUCCACCAGCGACGACGACAGCGACGAUGACGAUGCGGAGAACAACGCCGACAAUGACGCGUCCAACUCUGCAGAAGGAGAGCACAGCGGUGACGGCGCAGACGAAGAGGAGAGCGGGCUGCCGUCCAUGCAGCUGAUGAUGGCAAACAAAUACGCGCAAACGACCAAGCGGCUUGCGCCCGAGGCGAAGAUUGAGCUCUCCUCAGACUUGAACGACGUUCUCCUCAUCGUCAUCGACGACUACAAGGCUGUUGACUUUGGGGAUCUGCUGUACCCUGAGGACGAUGCGUCGGUGGGCCAGGGCGACGAGGUCACCAACGGCGCCGUCCCACUCACACAAUGCCUCGACUACUACACGUCAAAGGAGAGGCUCACACACGACAACAUGUGGCGGUGCCCCGUGUGCAAGGAGCCCAAAGAAGCCGAGAAGCAGAUGGAGGUGUGGAAGCUGCCGGACACGCUUGUGAUCCACCUGAAGCGGUUCUCGUACAACUCGUGGUGGCGCGACAAGCUGGACACCCUGGUUGACUUCCCGCUGGAAGGGCUGGACCUUGGCCCGUAUGUACUCGAUCCGCAGCAGCACGACUCGGCCGUGUACGACCUCUACGGCGUCUCGAACCACAUGGGCGGUCUUGGCGGCGGACACUACACCGCGUAUUGUCUGGACACCAACGGUCGCUGGUAUGAAUUCGACGACAGCUACGUGGGCGAAAUUGCACCCAAGAACAUUGUGUCCACAUCGAGCUAUUUUCUGUUUUACCAGCGUCGAUCGGAGCUCGACAAGCAUGCGCUGACAGGUGCGCCCGUCGUGAACCCCAUCAGCAGCAACAAGGCCAUGGACGCCACUGCCGACGUCCCCAACGGCGCCACCAACAACAGGGACGAUGGCGCCGAAGACGACGAAGAUGAAGAAGAGGGGACCAGCGGCCUGGGAGGUGGCGAUGGAUACCCGUUGCAGGAACCAGAGAGUUAUUAGAGCAUGCUCAAUUGAGCAUGAGUGAGCGAAUGAUGUGGAUGCGUGCAUGUGUGUGUGUGUGUUGCAUUGUGUGUGUAUGUUGCAUUGUGUGUGUGUGUGUGUGUUUACGUGUUGCAUUGUGGAUUGUGGAUUGGAUGUACACGUGUGGAUGGUGUCAGGUCGUGUGCGUCGAUUCGUUUGGCCAGCAGUCCAUCACAUCUGUCACAUCACAUGUCACAUCAAGCCCCCCCCCCCUCCUCUCCCCCAAAAAAACAAGUUGCUUACGACACCAUAAAACGGGUUGCUCC